CUCUCUCUCUCUCCGCUCUCUCAAAAGCUACAAAAGACCUCGACAUGGGUCUUCCCUUUUUAAUCCACGAGGGGUAGGAGAAAUCAUGUUGACGCUCACUGUAUCUGCUUCGACCUCGCCCCGACACUGAACCAAUCUCUCUCUCUCUCUCUCUCUCUCUCUCUCUGUUCACUGUUCAUUCUGAGAAUGGAGUCUUGGAGGCAUGCUUUGGAAGAGAAGAGUCCUUUCUUAUGUGAUGAAAAAGUGUCAGUGGGAUGGAACAUGAAACCCUCUUGUAAUUUUGAUUCCAUGUUAGGCUCUAAUAGAGAAGCAAUUGAGGGCAUGGAAUUUGUGGAAAUGGGUUUUCCUGAUAUGAUGAGAAAAUUAGAUCCUAUGAAUUCAUGUUUGGAUGCUUUGAAUGGUGAGAUUGGUGAUUAUUUUAGCAGAACACUACAUUCCCCUGCUUAUAGCAACACUUCAAAUUCCUCUUUUGGGGAAUUGGACCCUGGGUUAAGCCUUUCAAGCCCUGUCAUUGUAUCUAAUACUCAAAAAUCAUCACUAAUUGAUUUGAAGUUGGGGAGGUUGGGUGAUUGCAAAGAAGCCAAGAAUAGUAUAUUUUCGAACGAAAUAUCAGUUUUAUCUUCAUCUGGAUCUUCAUUGAAAUCAAAGAGAGCUCGUCUGGAGAAUUUGUCUUCUCAGAAUCCUGUUUGCCAAGUUCACGGGUGUAACAAGGACUUAAGCUCCUCAAAGAGUUACCACAAAAGGCAUAAAGUUUGUGAUAUUCACUCAAAGACUGCUAGAGUUAUUGUCAAUAGCAUUGAGCAAAGGUUUUGUCAACAGUGUAGCAGGUUUCAUUUGCUGGCUGAAUUUGAUGAUGGAAAACGCAGUUGUCGAAAACGCCUUGCAGGCCACAAUGAGCGUCGAAGAAAGCCUCAAUUGGAUUUUGUCUCUGGUAAGCCGCACAAGUUACUUCGAUAUUAUGAUGGUAUCAACUCCUCUGCCCUUUUUCCCUUCCAACUGUUGUGUGUCAUAUUCAAUCACCCUGGCUUUGUCCUAAAAAGAAACUUCUAAAUGGUUAACUAGUAUUUAGAUAUAUGUCACUAAUAUGCAAGACUAGUGACAGACUCGAUCUCAGAAACAGAACUCUUAUUUCUCCCACCCUAUCGAGACUUGCAAUUAAAAGCGACACUUUGUUUUUCUCCUUAUACCAUAUUCGUUAUGUCUUGUUGUCUUGACUAUUAAAUUUGUCAGUUUAUGAAGAGGACAAUUUACUAACAUAAUUCUUCCUCAACGCGUGAAGCGAAAUUUAAAAGAAAAAUGGAACCCAACUUUUUGCAGGACAGCAAGAUGCCAAGAUCAUUCAAUUAAUGUACACUAAACCUAACCCACGAACCUAACCCACUACAUCCACCCCACUAAACCUAACACACUUACCAU